CAACUUCUAAGUUAUAACGCAACCACGUAAAGGCGCCCACAAGUUUUAUUUUGAAAGUUUCAAGAGAACGCGUUACGCCGUUUCGCGUAACUUGACGACGCUCUGUCAUCUGACUCUUCCUGUUGGGAGAGAAAAAAGUUUUGAAACCCCACCCUCUCCACUGACCGUAAGCGCAGACGUAGAAGUGGUUCGAGAACCUGGCGAGUGAGCUCUGCCCGAGGAAGACAAGUGUGAUAUGAAGUUAUGAUGGAGUUGUUCCGCUCUUUGGAUACCGACUGUAAGAACGGGGGACUCGAGCCGGACCAGGCCACGCGCUGAACUCCCACCAGGAACUAACGGGAUUUGUUUUUACUGCGUUUCUCUGAGGAAAGUAGAGCCGAGCAGGUUUGGAGAGCUCUUCCUGUUACAAAGUCAGCGGUCCCCAAGUUUGCUUUAUGUUAUGGUAAAGGCUGGCUAUUUGUGUGCUUCCCAUAAGACCGUGAGCAUGGAUACUUUGGCGCAAUGGGAUGCGGGAUUUCCUGCGGAAGUGCCGCAAAGUUGCGGUGAGACGCCGUUAUUGGAGUUUUGGGCUUAAUGCGGACUGGACAGCGCUGAAACUUGUCGUAAAACACUGGUUGGCUGGACUGAAUGCUCCUUUCCUGCUAUUCUUCUCCGCUUCUCAGCGCUUCCUGCUUGUGGUGGCCACUGCACUUAAUGGCUAAAAAUACAUAAAAACUUAAAAUGGACAGUUAAGUGUGGUGGGAACCUUUAUUACCAGUUGCAAUAGCAGUACCUGGGAGUGUUUCACAGUAAGCUGAGUAGUUUUUAUUCGUCUUCUUAAACUUUCCCUCUCUAAAAAAACAAAACAAAACAAAGUCAGGACUCAACAGGUGGCAGUUUUGAAUGAGGGGGAAGAAGAGCUAAAUUAGCCAUAAUGAGGUGAUUCGAGAGGCUCUUAAAUACAGGCCGGUGAAAUGAUAUUGUGCUUAAACCAUGUGUUGGAAAACCACACACCACAUCACUUGAACAGAGAGAAUUUCAGUGGAAGCAGUGCUGUCUUUCUGAGCUUUGAAACACUUAGCCUUAAUCAAACAAAAGAAAUCUCUAGUGAUUCAUCCGAUGGAGAGACGAGUUUAAUGCGGUGAUGAAUAAAAGACACUUGCGCUUCUGUUGUCUUUGACUCCUCUCCUCUAGCCCACUUGUUGGUCCAACUUUUGAACACAUUUCAUUAGUCCCUGAUGAGCCAACAAGAAAGACAGGAAAGGGAGCGAGGCGCAAUAAAGUACUCCUUUGUACUUUAUUUUCAAACCCUUGGGGUGCUAAAUCAGAUUCAGUCAAAACAUCUGCUUGAGGCUCCAUGGAGCCACUGAAGAAUAUAUUCAGCCGUGGCCCGCUGUCCAACUGGAAAAAUUUGGAACAAUCGCAAAAAGGGAACUUCACCAACCCUGUGUGGACAGCCUUAUUUGACUAUGAGGCAUCCUGUAAAGAUGAGCUCACCUUACGUAAAGGCGAUCUGGUGGAAGUCCUCUCUCUGGACUCGGAGAUAUCAGGGGAUGAGGGCUGGUGGGCGGGAAAGGUCAACAACAAGGUGGGUAUCUUCCCAUCCAACUACGGUUCCUUCAAGCCAAGUGGAUAUGGAAAACUUCCGGGCAGUGCUGUGGUGGAUGAGCUUGCUCCGGCUGUGGUGGGUGAGUUUGAACCAGAAGAGGUAGAUUUCCGGGAGUUGAGCCUGGAGGAGGUCAUCGGGGUUGGGGGAUUUGGAAAAGUGUAUCGUGGUACAUGGAGAGGAGAGCUGGUGGCGGUGAAGGCCGCCCGCCAAGACCCGGACGAGGACAUCAGCGUGACAGCACAGAACGUGAGGCAGGAAGCCCGUCUGUUCUCCAUGCUCACCCACCCCAACAUCAUCGCCCUGAAGGGCGUGUGCCUGCAGGAGCCCAACCUGUGUCUCAUCAUGGAGUACGCCUCAGGUGGGCCGCUGAGCCGUGCUCUGGCAGGCCGUCGAAUACCACCGCACGUCCUGGUCAACUGGGCUGUGCAGAUAGCCAGAGGGAUGUUGUAUCUGCACAGUGAAGCCAUCGUCCCUGUCAUCCACCGGGAUCUCAAGUCCAACAACAUUCUUCUGGCUGAGCCCAUAGAAAAUGAAUGUAUGGAGGGGUUGACGUUGAAGAUUACAGACUUUGGCCUGGCAAGAGAAUGGCACAAGACCACAAAGAUGAGCACCGCUGGCACCUAUGCCUGGAUGGCCCCGGAAGUCAUCAAGUCCUCCACGUUCUCCAAAGGCAGUGAUGUCUGGAGCUAUGGUGUUCUGCUGUGGGAGCUGCUAACAGGAGAGGCACCCUACAGAGGGAUCGAUGGACUCGCUGUCGCCUAUGGAGUUGCCGUCAACAAGCUCACCCUGCCCAUCCCUUCCACGUGCCCCGAACCUUUUGCGCAGCUCAUGUCAGAGUGCUGGGACCAGGACCCCCAUCGCAGACCCAAUUUCAGUUCCAUCCUGGCCCAGCUGAUGGCCUUGGAGCAGCAGGUGAAGGAAGAGAUGCCGCAGGAUUCGUUCCACUCCUUGCAGGAGGACUGGAAACUGGAGAUCCAGGACAUGUUUGAUGAACUCCGGGCUAAAGAGAAGGAGCUGCGAUGCCGUGAAGAGGAGCUAAAGCGAGCGGCUCUGGAGCAGAAAUCUCACGAAGAGUUCCUGCGGCAGCGUGAGCAACAGCUGGCCCAAUGGGAGCAGGAUGUCUUCGAGCGUGAGCUCAGCCUCCUCAUCCUCCACUUGAACCAGAACCAGGAGAAACCUAAUGUCAAGAAGAGGAAGGGCACCUUCAAAAAGCACAAACUGAAGUCCAAGAACGGCGAGAAGAUCAGCAUGCCCCAAGAUUUCAUCCAUAAAAUUACGGUGCAGGCAUCCCCAGGCCUGGAGAAGAGGCGGAACUCUCCCGAUUUGGGUUCGGGCUCCUCACCUUCCUUUGGUCCCCGGUUCCGUGCUAUCCAGCUUCCCAGUGACAACAGCAGAACGUUCGGUCUCAGCCCAGUCCGGCCCUCCCUGGAUACCUCUACUCAUAAACAAGUCAACGGAGACCUCAGGUUGAGCCCUCAUUGGAGGCCACAGAGCCCCAAAAGUCCCAAAAGUCCUAAAGUCCUGCGCCUUAGUCCCCAGGAAAGCAGCUUGUCGAUGAGAGCUAAGCUCCUGGAGGCAGACAGCAAUGAGAAUGGAGACUCCAAGGAUGACUUUGAGGAGUACCGACCCGUCACGCCAACCCCUACGCCUUCUCAGAAUGGCUCAUCAGUGAAGGAUAGCCCGUGGCUUCCUCUGUCUCAGGGAGACUCGGGCAGUGAGGAAGGAAGUUCUUCCCCAGCUAGCUCCCCAAGGCCUGAGAGGGGGCCUCUCGGUGGCCUGAUUAACAGCACCCACCGAGCCCUGCUGGGCAGCGGCUCCCUGCUUGCCUCGAUAGGACUUGGUCGCUGCCUGGAUAUUCCCCCAAGAGUGCCACCUCGAACUCACCCACCUUGCUUAGAGGGCCGCAGCCUCUCUGAACUUGAGAUUUCUCAUCCUAGGCCCCUCAUUUCAGACCCUCCAGUAGUGGACGAUCUCAUCACCUUCUCCACCUCGGAGCCGCUCCCCAGACCCCUGUUGGAUUUAGCGCUGCAAUACCAAGAACUAAAGCCUUUACCCCUGACACCGCCUCCACCAAACCCUCGCGAGAGGAGCAGCCACCGGACGCCACACAGUCCGCAGAGUCCCAGCGGUGCCCCCAUGCAGCACGACAGGACCAGCCCAGGGGAGUGGACCUCCACUUACAGUUCCAGUAACGGGGAGCUGAGCAGCGACUCCUGGGAACACAGAGCCGACAGGAGGAGGAGGUCCAGCCAAGGCCUGCACGCUUCUCAGCUAGUUUUAGACCUGCCCUUGUGCCAAGACACACAGGACUUUGAUGACAAGCCUCUCCACCCCAACCCUGCGCUCUGGAGCCCCAAAACACGCCGCCUGGAGGUCAGCGUCAUUCCUCGGCCCCGCCCGUCUCCCAUCCGCCCCCGCAUCGACCCUUGGAGCUUUAUCUCAGCAGGUGGUGGAAACUCAGGUGGUGGGCGCAGCACACACCGCUCAGAAAGCAACUUGCUGAGCUAUCAGCCGUCACCCACCAACCCCUUCACCAACUGUGACCCUUUCCCCUCUCCUGACUGCGACCCCUUUGCCCUCAAGGCUGAUCCUUCAAGUGGUUCGGAUGGUGCCUCGCCCUUUGACCCCUUCUCAGCUCCCUUUCCCACAUCUCGUUCUGCCCCAUGUUCUGCCAACGGCUCUCCCACGCUGCCCUCGUUCCGUAUAGCACCCAUUAACUCAGCUGACUCGGCCCUUAUUGACUUUGGCUGCGGGGCCUGCAGCAAGCCUCUGGAUGGCACCAAAGAGAGGGCUCACCCCCGCAGGAUACUGGGGCUCAAGCCCUUCAAGUCCCCGACGCAACUCAAAGACGACAGGAGCAGGAUACAGAUCACUAGUCCCAUCUUCAGAUUCUAUCAGACUGCUCAUAUCAACUGCUUUCAUCUCCCCUUACCUUUGAAGCAUUGGGACAAUGCAGAGGUGGAUAAGGCGACUUGCACAGCUUCAUCUGCCUCUACCUCUCUGCAGACUGAAAGCCUUCAGGACAAUGGAAAAUUGGAGUGCCUUAUUUCGUGAAGUGUUUUUAAUAUAUAUCUUUUCAAGGCUCUUUGAAUGGUUAAUCUGGUGCGUAGGGAAGAUGCUACGAAUCUGGCUUAAAUUUGCAAAUCAUCUUAGCAUUGCAGUGUAAGAAAAAUAUCGUCUGCAUGUAUGUCUAGACUCAUUGUUCAAGGAAAGCUUACCGUUUCUUUUUAAACUGCGUCUGCCUGUUGCAUUAUGGGAGAAAGCACUCUGAGUGGAUACUCUAGGCUGCUCGAGAAAUCCGAGAUGAAACCAUGACCCAGGCAUUCCACUUGGAAGCAGAUAACAUUCCAGUCACAUUCUCUGGGAAAUGCCAGGAAUUGGACAGAUUCAUUCAGGCUGGCAGGCGACACAGCACAGGAAACAAGACAGGGGUGCCCUCCGCAUUCCCUUCAUAUGCCAAAGAAUGCCACUGUGACUGUGUAAGUCCUGGGACGAAGGCUGUUUGCAAAUGCAUUGUUUUUACCUCCUUAAAGUGCCAGAACAGAACAACACAGAGCAAACUGACACAAUCACACAGAGUAUUUGAACAUAUGGUUCUCAGAUUUUGUUAGAAAUACUGUCUAAUCACCACCACCUAUAAGAGGUUCAACAAAGUACUUUAAAAGUGUUUUAAAGUACUUUACAAAAAAAAGUCUGCUUAAUUUGUAGGCGUUAUCAGUCUCACAACCCAGAACUCUGAGUUUCUUGAUGUACCAAAUUUUAAUGUCUGAGUAAAUAUGAGCCAGAUGCUUCAUUUUUCCCCCUCCCUAGAGAGUUACAUGAAACCAUUCUUAUUAUCAUUCAUUCGCAAAGCAGAUUGCUUAACAUGGAACAAUAUAAAAAAGUUAGUCCAAGGAAAACAUUCCAGAGAUCUGUGAAGGCCAUACAAAAGCAUUUUCUGUUUUAUUCCUCUGCAGUGACUUCUGGUCACUUAGUGGUGACCAGAAGUCACCAGCUGAUGACUUAAGAAGUCACUGCUCAUAUCCAAGAAAAUGUUACCCACAAAAGCACCUAUAAAAAUCACAACUUGGUGCUUUUCCAGUCAAAUUUCAUGCUGAUUGAGACUUAAAGUUCUACAUGGACUUGUUACCUUUGACGGGAGCAAUUUUGUUUUUGCUUAGUUUACCUGGCUUCAUGGAUUCUAUACUGAAAUGAAAGUGCUACUGAUGUUCUCAUCUAACUCUCCAGAAUGUCUGCUAAAGUUUCUUGAUCGGCAAUGUCCAAUAUUAUCUGCCUCACCAUGUUAUUAGGCGUUGUGAGAACAGCAGCGUCCCUCCAAUUUAAUGGUUUUUGUUUUGGUAAAAAAAAAAAAAAUAGGAAUACAGGGAGAACCUCACUGUACAGAUGUGGCAAUAUCAUGUUUUUAGCCUCAGCACACCAGAAUGCACUACAGCAUCUUCUCAUGGUUCAUUAUCAUUACUGAUCAUUCUACACCUAUCAGCCACAACAUUAAAGCCUCAGAGCGGGAAAGUGAAUAAGACUGACCAUAUUGUUAAAUGCCAUUUUCUGCUGGAAAAUGUGUGGAUUAUUUUUUGACACGUAUCACCUGCCUUAGCAUUGUUUCAGACCAAGAACCCCCUUUUCAAAAAGCCUAAGGCACUUAUUUGGUCUCCAAACUCAGAUCAAAACCUGCAUUAGCAGAAUGGACCGCAACAAUCCUGAACAACCCCAAACAAGCCCCAAACGGUCCACUGCUAACUUCCCAGUGCAUGCAAACGUGCAUGAUUCUGCAUGCACUCUUGAAAGCAAUCGAAAGCACUACCCAGUAUUAGUGGUUUUAAUGUUGUGGUAUAUAAGUGUAUAUGCUAAAUGUAACAUGUUCACACUUUCUCAGGGAUUAGUUUAUUUUCUAAAAUCAUCCUGAGGAAUGUAGUGGAGUGAGACAAGUUGUGGGAAAAUUGCAGCAACAAAAUAACUCCAGACUGCCAAUGCACAACAGCUUUUGAGGGUGUGUUUUUGUUUUUUUUGUUUUUUUUAAAUUGACAGUCAGCUCAGGCACUGGUUAAACAUAACUUAACCAGUGCAGGUGAAGCACCUGAGAGACCCACCUACUCGUAGCACAAACUCUGAGCCUGUUAACGAUGGCUUUACUCUAACAUUUCAAGUACAAAUGCUGAUUCGCUUCAUCGCUGUCACCGUGUCAUUGGAGGACAAUAACAGCUUUGUUCUGUCGAAGAGUGAAAACCUUGUCUCCAAAGGGAAAAGCUUUGUGAUUAGCCUAAUAAUCCCACUGACGUACAGAGGAAGCCGAUAGUUAUAAUUAGCCUCUCGAUAAGAGCAGGGAGCAUAACAAAGCGCUGAGAUAUUUGGUUAAUUAAUUUGCCCUGAUAUUAGAAAAAUGCCCCGCAUAUCGAGUUGCGCCCCGCUCCGGCUUAUGUGUAGAUUUAAGCUGCGCCCUAUCACAUGCAUAAAGUUUCAAAGACAGGUUGAGCCGCCUUUUCUGUCUUCCAUUUCUUUGUCUCCCUGUUGCCACUGGCUACAGCUGCUGACCAGACUUCAUCUUUACUGUCAAAGCUCAAUUUUUUCUUUUUUCUUUUUUCUUUGCAUCUUAACCCCUGAGGUGAUUUGGGAGAUAGUUCUGCUCCUUUCAUUUUGUUCUGCCUUCACUCCUUUCGUAUCUGAAAAGUUUUUCUUGCGGGCAGUUUUGUCCUGACAGCGCAGAGCAUUCAGUUCGGUCACAGCCAGGUUUUCUAUGCGGCUAGAAGAGAUGGCAUUUGUUCUAGGACAGAGUCCAUUUGCAGGAGAGUGCUCAUUUUACCAAGGCAUUAUGGUUUGAAAUUGAAAGGUGUAUUGUCUUCUUCUUUGGCCCAAUUAUGUGUACGUGUGUCCUCUACUGGGCAUACCAGCUAUAGUCAGCUUGUAAAGAUCUCAUUUUUAAUUCUUCGAAGGACCUAGCUGCUACACGUGUGGGUGUCUUGUCCAAUUACAUCUGAUGGCAGAAGUUUUAGAUUGAGUGAACAGCCUGGUGUCACAGAGAGGGGUGAGAUGUGGCAAAAUGCAUAAGUGCACUUUUUUAACUUUUCUGCGAUUUGAAAUUAGAUGGAGGUAGUUGUAUCAGGAAUUUUAAAAAAGAAAAAAGGUAAAUAAGACCUAGUUCAGAACGCUGCCUACUGUCAUGCCUCCGCACAUCUGGCAACUGCUGCGGAAAGUGGGCGUGAAUGUCAAAUUGUCUGAUUAGGAAAUAAAAAGAAAAUAGUUGUACAAACCCCUUGGAUUAUGAAUCGGUUAAGGAGGAUACGAGUGCUGUUAGACAAGGUGACAAGGCUUCUUUUAAAUCCUUGAGCCUGAUUUUAACGAGGCUGCAGUUUUUCAUGUAAAUGACUGUGUAGUUGGUAUGUACCUGGAGGGUUACAAAGUUCCACUGCAAUGAACACUCAAGUAAAAGCGAUUACAUACAGGCCACCACCAUUCCAAAUCUGACAGGUUUACCCAAGCAGUGUUUGAAAUCUUGCUUGUCUGAAGCUUGAUAUCAACCUGUGCUCCAAUUGAACAACUCACCUGCCAUCACCUGGACAUGGACAUGAGUAUAGAAAAUAGUUUAUCCUUCGGCAGCGUUCCCCACCUUUCUCCGCUCUCUUGUCCUCCCCACCGACAUUUUAAAGACAUGACAAGCGACGAGUUAUUGCCUUGUCUGUUCACGUCAACACGCAAAGUCACGACAGCUAUCUUCUGAUAGUCAUUACACUUGGGUAGCUGUUAUUGUCAACAUAUGCUCUGUGAGCCCCCACACUAUAAAAAAAAAAAAAAAAGAAAAAGGUGAAGGAAAUCGAGAUGAUUGAAACGUCUGGCAGGUUAUUUCUGUCAUAAAUUGUCCGUGUGUGAAGUAUCCACUUCAACCUGCCAGUCAUGUCAUGUCUGCAUGUUCUCUUGGAGCCAGACUUUAAUUUUCUCUCAGCCCCGAUGAUGACAAGAACAAUUUGGCCUUCUCCAUCAAGUGUGUGUGUGUACAGUGACAUAAAAUAUUAUUUUCAAUAACUGCAGUCACUGUGCUUUACACAAAUGAUCACAUUAUUACCUGGGACACAAUGUUUUUACUCCUGCUCGUAAUUUCUCGAGGUGGUUAGAAGCCUUUCUGGCAAUGAAUUAUUUAGGCUGCGUAUGGAAUACUUAUACGCAGACAAAAUACUCCUACUUCAGUUUGUAAUGUGUAAUCUGAUAGAUGUACAGUCAGCUCGCUGAGGGGAUAAAAGGGACACAUUUUAGGAAGCCUUUUGUGGACAAAGACAUCCGAUUCUCGGUUUUGGCUGUCAGAUUUAGAAACCAGAGCUGCCAUUUAUCUGCUGGAGCUGACAGCCAGCACUUCAAUACUAAAGUCUUGAUGAGUUGAUUGUGAUGCUCUGCGCUUUCAGGCAUCGCCCCAUCCGUCAUUGCAAAUCACUGCCCCGAGUACAAACUGACAGGGAGAAAGGAACUGAAAUCUCUAAAGGCGAGCCCUAUAUCUGGCCACCAGUGAGCUGCUUUGAGCCACUCGGUGGCAGGGAGCAGACGAGAUUCUGUGAUCUUCAUUCAGAGGUCAAGCUCAGACCAUUACCCCUAAUCAUUGAAUGGCAACUGGUUAUUACAUGAAUGAAAUCUAAUGAGAUGGCAGCAUGGAGAACCCCUAAGGCCCUGACCCUCAUCAAGCCAAGAGGCCACUUGUGAGUGGUGGUAUUGUUUUAAAAUUUUAAAGGUGAAAAAUCAGAGCCAUUAUCCAGAUUAAAAAAAGAAAACAAAACCCUUUGUGAAAGAGGAACAGUAGAAUGUGCUGUGUAAUGUUUGUUCAGGUUACACUUACACUCACAGGUUUAAUUUGGCUGCUUUGUGAGCAGCAGAUGUGUUUACAUGCAUACUUAUUAUCUGAUUUACCUUGAUUAAACCAUUGAUUCGGCUGUAGCAGUAAUCAUGCAAAGACUUCCAUGGGACUAAUGCUAUUCAGGGAGACCAAGACACCUGUAAUAGCUUUAUAAAUAAUUGUGCCAGGUGCUUAUGAACCUACUAUAUUUGUCAUCUUUAAGGCGAAAUUAGGAAACUAGAAAAUCCCUAAAUUGGUUAUGGUCAAAUAUAUUGUGCAAGAGGUUAUAAAGUAAAAAAGUAAAGCCACAAAAAAGCACUUGAUAAAAUGAUCUGGCAAAACUAAAGAUAUAGCAGAAAUCAUAACUAAAUGACAGAAGUGAUUAAACUCAAGUUUGAAAAGAAAUAAAAGUGCUUUUUUGUGUUUGUUGUCACACUCCUGCUCAGCUGGGAAAAAACAAAAAGCUGCCAACAAAGCAAAAACAUCAUUUAUCUGGUGAAAUUAUUCAUUUCUGAAUUUAAAUUAUUUGACUUUUUAAUUUUCAAUAGUUUUAUCUUCAUGUUCAGUCUUCAUUUUGAUAAGACUGAGCCUAGCUAGGUGGAACCUGAUAACACAGAUGGUUAAACAAACUAAAUAGCAGCCUAUUUAGCCGUCAAUAGCUACAUAGCUAAUGCUAACCUUUAGCAUGAAAGCAAAUCCCCCAAGCAGUCUAGAAUAAACUCUCUUUUUUGGUCACUCUUUAGGACAUAUUAGCUGAUAUUGUCUUUACUUGUGUUCCUCCUUUCUGUCUUUUUAUACCUAGUGUGUGACAGUGACAGCAUAGUGCCGGCUAAUGGUGGGGAAACGCAGAGUGUUAUUAAUGCACUUUGUUCUAGUUAAAGUAAGAAAGCUAAAUGGGGAAUAUGGGAGCUUUGUUUUGUUUUUGUUUUUUCUGGCAUGAAAAAGAAACUCAUUUAACAGUCUGAAUGCUUGAAUUGAAAUGAUUACUUACAGUGGCAGAGAACACUGUUCGACUUGAAGAAAGUCAGGAAGUCCAGUGAAGAAUUGACUGUUUCUUAAAUUGCUGCAGCUCCAGUUAAAGCAUGUUUUCUCUCCUUCAUGGUUACCAGGCAAAUUGGAGAAUGGUUCAAUAAGGCUAGAUGGAAAAAACUAAGGCUGAACGUGUGUUGUAUUUGCUUUAUUGAUGAAAUUUUACCUUGGCAGGUCAGUGGAGCACAUUCUGAAACGACAAAAUAGAUGGCCUGCCAUUUCAGUGGCUUUCACUCCAUUUACCUUUGCUGCUUUUGCUUGUUUGUGUUCAAUUAAGUGGAUGUUACAAAUAUACCCGGUUUUCACCCUUGUUUAGUUGUCCCCCAGCUAGCUGUCAGUGACAGACACGCAUUAUUGCUCGAUCUGGCUCGUAUUAAACCGAAACACCUGCCCGGGCCUUUGUUCGGCCUUAAUAGGCCGAGACAGAAUGAUCAAAUAUGACCUUUCAUCGACUGUACUGGUAUGGCACAUCCCAAUAGGGAUGGGGACAAAAGCUGUGUCUGUGACAGGCGCCGCCAGGUGUGUAAGCUAACGCUCAGGCUCUGAAACUGUGAAUAUUAUUCCUAAUUCUUUUUAGCCUGUGCAUCCAAGGUCACCAUCUGCUGUCCCUUUUUCAGUAACAACAAAAAGCCAGUGAAUAGAAGAAAUGAAAGAAAGACCAGUUCACGUUCAAGACCUCAGUGAUGGCUCCUGGAGAAAGCUGCUCCUCAGUGCAGAAAAUAAACACAGACUUUAACUAUGAGGUUAUAAAGUCCAAGGCCCACAUACUCAUGCCUUCCCUCCACUCGACCGCAUACAACAGCCCUGCGGUUGUGAUUAUUGUUCUGUCUUGCUAUUGACACACAAUUACCUCGUGAUCUUCCUCAGACAGGAGCCGCGCAACCUGUAAAUUAUGUUUCUGUGCUGCAUGUGAGUUGGUUAAGUAAACAGCCCCUCCUAAAUAUAGAAAGUGUGAAUUGAUUUAUGGCCUUCUCUGUAACAUUUGCUGAUAUUUUUGGGAUCUUUCUCAGUCAUAUGAUCAUUUACUGUUUAUCUGGAUUCAUGGGGUAGUCCUACAGGCAUAAUCAGAGACUAAUUUUUCUUAGUUUUAUACACAUGCAUUAUGUAUAUUACAUUUAGACUACAAAAUUGACAUUUCAUUCAUUUUAAGAUGUAAAAACAAACCUAUUUGAAAUGAAGUCAACUGUUGUGUUAGCUGUAGCCCCAAAUCUUAGAUGUCACCUUUUCCCCAUAAUGCAUUGAUUAAGGACAGCUAAGCAUAAAUCAUUUUAAGAUGAACAGUAGCGUGAAUGUUAACGGUGAGCUAGCUAGCACUAGCUAUUGGUGAUAUCAACUGAUGGGUCGAGUCUGUUCCAAUGAACUGAUUAUGCUCAUGGAUGUUUGCAGCUUUAGCAGAGCACUGACACAUUUAGUGUCAAAGACGUCUUCAUUUUUAAAUAAAUCAAUAUUAACGGAUAUAUAGGUGACUAAACUGGCGGGGCUUAACCUGAUUAACGUCUCCUUAGACAGAUAUAAGACGGUAAAGUAUUUUACUGAGGCUCGAGGGUAUUUAACAGUAGGUGGUCUCUUUCAGGUGCUCAUGGUUGGGCUUAAAUGGCUGAACUCUAAACGAUCCAGAGAGGCAAUUUGAAACGGUUUGGAUGGUACAAAUCCCCAUGACUCAGUGGUCAAAUCUCUCCCACUCAAAGCUUCACAGUACUGUGAAAAAGACUUUGCAUUCUGACAGCUUCCUGCCAGCCAGCUGAAGACAUUGACAAAAUUUAUAUAUAUAUAUCUAGGGGUUAAUGUGGAUAUUUAUAAAUGGCCAUCUUUUUACACACUGGAUUAAAACUAUUUCUCUCUCAAGAUGGUCAUGGACACAGUCCACGUUAGGAUGAUGGAUUGAUUGCUUCAUAUGAACAAAGCAUUUUCUAGGUUUUCACUGGAGUAUUUAAGAUGUAUGGGUGCUUCACAUGAGACAGAUCAAUGUCACGUUCCAGUUCACCAAGUUGGCCAAAUCUGCACAAAACUGAUUUUUCUGCAAGCCCUAGUACUUUGUCUGUGUUACUGAAAAGCCUGAGAAAUGUGCCUGUUAGAGCUCGAUUUCCAUUUCCUUAUGUACAUUGCAGCAAAAUCUUACACUUAAAUUGCAGCCGAAUGUCCCCUUGGGGCACCCAUACUGAAUUUUUAUGUGCAUAAAACUGCUAGAUGGAGAGGAAGUGUUUGUAAGUACCUUAAGGUAGCAGACAAGCUCAACCACCUCUCUGCUUUUGUAUCUAUUUGCUAUUUUUGUAAUUGUUCCAGAUUCAUUUCCAUGUCUAUUGUGUGUUUUAUUACAACCUAGGCGAUGUGAUAACACAACUGUUGCAUUGCCCUGGCAGUCAUUUUUACAUCUCUCUCAAAACUGUCUGUGCUCCUGCGAGUUAGAGGUUUUGCAGUCCUUGGGCUUUGAAAAUUCAUUCUUGUUGCAUUUUUGUGAAAUCUCGCACUGGGCUGGGCCUAAUCAACUGUUUUUAUUGUGCACAAGAGGAUUAUUUCUGUAUACAGUUAUGUGAAAAUGUUUUUAUUUCUCUUGACUAUUAAAAUGGGUUUUAACCUGUGGAGAAAAACAAAGGAAAAAAAGCUCAAAAAGACAUAAGACCAAAUAAAAUGUAACACUC